CUGACAUGGCCGCAAGGGAAGUUUUCCUCGCAGGAAUUGCGAGUUUUCUUAUCGUUUGCGCGGGUUGCGUGCGUGACGGAAAAUCCAACGAGAAAAUUAGCGUGGUGCUGUUUUUCUCAGAAACUGAUCAAAUACCAGUCACAGAUUUAGGCGUAAGGUUUCUUGGAUUAAAGAAAGUAGCGGAAGUAGAGUACAAUAACAUCAAAGAGAGUACUAAUAACUAUCUGGUGCAAAGAAAAAUAGACCAAUGCCAGAAGAAUUUACAGGAAAGCUUAGAAUCUUUGACGCAUUUUUGCAAGAAUGCCAUUGGUGUUAACGUAGCGUUAGUAAACAUCAAUGGCUCUAUCACCGAAGGCGAUAAACCAUUUACCUUCAACUCCAAAUCUAAAAGGAACCGCAAACAGAAAAAAAACAAAAUUUCCAACGCAAAAACGCCGCCAAUCGAUAUAGUACUGAGCCCUCAACAUACAGAGGUGUUCAAAAUUAGAGUCAAACGAAAAGCGACUGAAAAAGAUAAUAAGAAGAACGACAUCGAACACGAAAAAUUCAUCGGUGAACCGGUCGCAAACACCAAGGAUCGCCAUCCUUGGGAUGUCCUGGAUGUAUGGUCGCACGUUCGGUUUUCGUUCUUCGGGAAACUCCUUGAGGAUGAGAAGAAAGCAAAUCUUGCCAAGCAAGAGAAUCAGAUACUGCCCGAUGAAUCGUCGCGCAAACGGAUUGAUCCGGGGCUCUUCCAGACCGUCCAAACAGCACUCGGUAGCUUGCAAGCGAACUCCGAAGCGUUUCUUUUGAUCGUAUUCGGAGGGAGGCUGCAGGAAAUAUCGGAAAAAUACAGCCCCCUAGUGCAAACGUUGAAGCACAUUAUCGAGAACACCGAUCCCGAGAACACGAUCAUUGUAUUAACUGGAAAUUGUUUGGAAUACAAAAAUUGUAAUAACGGAGUGGUCGAAAUUAAUGAGAAUGUUAAAGAGAGUAGAAAGUUGAGGAAAAUCCCUGUGUAUGCCAAAGGUCCAAAUUCAAACAAAUUAUGCGAAUGUUCGCUAUUAUACGACAUUCCGUUGAUAAUAAAGGACAGUUUACGAGAAUCUUAUCCCAUAUUCGAUAGUCAAUAAUUUAUUAGGAAAUGUCUGUAUAUUUUAACAUUUUGCAGAACCGUGAAUUAAUUUAUGUUUGUUUAUAAUUAAUAGCUGAAAAUUGAACAUUAAAAUGCUUAAAAUUUUGAAGGUUUCUCGAAUUAGGUAAC